AUUGGGAUGUUUUGCAUGCAAGAUGAGCUUGGUAAACACAUUCCCUGUGCAAAGGCUGUCCCUGGGCCCAGGGUGGAGCAGGACAGUAUAAAAGGCAGAGCAAGCGCAGGAUCCCUCAUCCACUUCUCCUGCCUUCUCCUGCUCGGUGAAACAGGCUCUCCUCCAGCCACAGCCAUGUCCUGCUACGACCUGUGCCGGCCCUGCGGCCCCACCCCGCUGGCCAACAGCUGCAACGAGCCCUGCGUCCGGCAGUGCCAGGACUCCCGUGUGGUCAUCCAGCCCUCGCCCGUGGUGGUCACUCUGCCCGGGCCCAUCCUCAGCUCCUUCCCCCAGAACACCGCCGUGGGAUCCUCCACCUCCGCUGCUGUGGGCAGCAUCCUGAGCGAGUCCGGUGUCCCCAUUAACUCAGGGGGCGUUGGGCUCUCUGGGCUCUCUGGCCUUGGUGGCCGCUACUGUGGCCGGAGGUGCCUGCCCUGCUAGAGCCGGGCCGGACGUCCAGCGAGUGCCUCCCCCAGGAAGCCCCAAGCCAGGUGCUGGACUGAGGCUGGAGCUGCUGGCCAGCGUUUCCUGAGGCCUUGGGGCUCCUCGAGCCCUCCUGCCAAGGAGGGAGGGAAACGUGGCCAGCUGAGGCUUCUGCUUGUCCUGCUUUCUUCUGCGCCUCCCGAGGCCCUGUUGUCCCCUGCUCUCCUGGCCCAGGGGCUCAGCCCCAAGCCAGCGCAGCAGGGUCCUGCUGCUCCCGCUGUCCCCGUGCCUGUGGGAGGCAGACGUGUGUCCCACUGCUGCCCAGGGCUGCCUGCCUGUCCCUGCUGCUGGGGCAGCCUGGCCCCGGGCCCUGCCCACCCCCCUGCUUUGUUUCUGUCUUUACACUCAAUAAAGUUGACUCUGCAUUGGAA